AGCGUCUACUCCAAGUCACCACCACCUACAGCCCCAUGAAUCACUCUCCAAAAAUCGCCUCCACGUCACAAUAAAUUGUUCGGGCAAUGUUUACGCCUAGGAACUCAUCGUAGGUAUCGCCGGCGUUGCGCAAGUCCCCUCCUCAUCUAUUUAAAACCAAAAGCCCCGUUCGAGGCAUCAGUCGAGUUGAAACUUCCGUGGUACAACGAAACCGUGCCUGAAGCCCUGUGUUAAGUGUGUGUACAUUGUGACUCCAAAAUGUCUGAAGGAAUUAGACGCGACAUCCCCAUCAAGCUGGGCGACUUCAGCGUUAUCGACACCGAAUUCAGCAGUAUUAGGGAGCGCUUCGACGCAGAAAUGCGGAAGAUGGAGGAGGAAAUGAGCAAAUUUCGAUCGGAACUAAUGAACAGAGAAUCAAACAACUUCUUCAGAAGCACCACAAGCACAACGACUCAGUCGUCACACAAUUCUGGUUUAGACGUAGCUCAAAGGCCGAGCGAGGUGAGAACAUGGUACGACGACUUAAACUCGCCUCUUAUCCAACAAGAUGGAAAUGACAAAUGUUUAAAAUUACGGUUCGAUGUCAGUCAGUACGCCCCAGAGGAAAUCGUUGUAAAGACAGUCGAUAAUAAAUUAUUGGUGCACGCAAAACACGAAGAAAAAACAGAGUCUAAGUCAGUUUAUAGAGAGUACAAUCGGGAGUUCCUCCUCCCCAAAGGCACCAACCCGGAACAGAUCAAGAGCUCGUUGAGCAAAGACGGCGUCUUGACCGUCGAGGCGCCUUUGCCGGCGAUCACGGCCGGGGAAACACUGAUUCCAAUCCAACACUAAAUUUUGUAUACUUACAUGUCCACCGCUUUUGGUUUCUUUUGCAAUGUUAUUAUUUAUGAAAAUUAGUGCUAACUCACUUGUGACGCUUUAAUUCAUUGUUUAGUCGCAACAAGUGUAGAAUAUAAACUUUUGUAAGUUAUUUAUAAACAAUAAAAGUAUUUUCAAAGA